GGCUAUUCUGAGUCUCCAGACCUGGAGUUUGAGUAUGCUGACACAGACAAGUGGGCUGCAGAGCUUGCAGAGCUUUACAGCUAUACAGAAGGACCAGAAUUCCUGAUGAAUCGGAAAUGCUUUGAGGAGGACUUCCGGAUCCAUGUGACAGACAAGAAGUGGACAGAGCUGGAUACCAACCAACACCGUACCCAUGCCAUGAGGCUUCUGGAUGGCUUGGAAGUCACUGCCCGGGAGAAAAGACUCAAGGUGGCCCGAGCGAUUCUCUAUGUUGCCCAAGGUACCUUUGGAGAGUGCAGCUCAGAGGCAGAAGUGCAGUUCUGGAUGCGCUACAACAUCUUUCUGCUCCUGGAGGUGGGCACGUUCAAUGCCUUGGUGGAGCUUCUGAACAUGGAAAUAGAUAACAGUGCCGCAUGCAGCAGUGCAGUGAGGAAGCCUGCCAUCUCCCUGGCUGACAGCACAGACCUGAGGGUUCUGCUCAACAUCAUGUACCUAAUUGUGGAGACUGUUCACCAGGAUUGUGAGGGUGACAAGGCAGAGUGGAGAACAAUGAGACAGACCUUCAGAGCUGAACUGGGCUCCCCUCUGUACAACAAUGAGCCAUUUGCCAUCAUGCUAUUUGGGAUGGUGACCAAAUUUUGCAGUGGCCAUGCCCCCCACUUCCCUAUGAAGAAAGUUCUCUUGCUGCUCUGGAAGACUGUAUUGUGCACACUGGGUGGCUUUGAGGAGCUGCAGAGCAUGAAGGCUGAGAAGCGUACUCUCCUUGGCCUUCCUCCACUGCCUGAGGAUAGCAUCAAGGUGAUCCGCAAUAUGAGGGCUGCCUCCCCACCAGCUUCUGCCUCAGACCUGAUUGAGCAGCAGCAGAAACGGGGCCGACGGGAACACAAGGCCUUGAUAAAGCAGGACAAUUUAGAUGCCUUCAAUGAGCGGGACCCCUAUAAGACUGAUGACUCUCGAGAAGAGGAAGAGGAGAAUGACGAUGACAACAGCCUGGAGGGGGAGACAUUUCCCCUUGAGCGAGACGAGGUGAUGCCUCCCCCACUACAGCACCCUCAGACUGACAGGCUUACCUGCCCAAAAGGGCUCCCUUGGGCUCCCAAGGUCAGAGAGAAAGACAUUGAGAUGUUCCUUGAAUCUAGCCGCAGCAAGUUCAUAGGCUACACUCUAGGCAGUGACACCAACACAGUGGUGGGGCUGCCAAGGCCAAUCCACGAAAGCAUCAAGACACUGAAACAGCACAAGUAUACAUCAAUUGCAGAGGUCCAGGCACAGAUGGAGGAGGAGUUCCUUCGCUCUCCUCUCUCAGGGGGAGAAGAAGAAGUUGAACAAGUUCCUGCAGAAACCCUCUACCAAGGCUUGCUCCCCAGCCUGCCUCAGUAUAUGAUUGCCCUCCUGAAGAUCCUACUGGCUGCAGCUCCCACAUCAAAAGCCAAAACAGACUCAAUCAACAUCCUGGCAGAUGUUCUGCCUGAGGAGAUGCCCACCACAGUGUUGCAGAGCAUGAAGCUGGGGGUGGAUGUGAACCGCCACAAGGAGGUCAUCGUUAAGGCCAUUUCUGCUGUGCUGCUGCUGCUGCUCAAGCACUUUAAGUUGAACCACAUCUACCAGUUUGAAUACAUGGCUCAGCACCUGGUCUUUGCCAACUGCAUUCCUUUGAUCCUGAAGUUCUUCAAUCAAAAUAUCAUGUCCUACAUCACUGCCAAGAACAGCAUUUCUGUCCUGGAUUACCCUCACUGCGUGGUAAAUGAGCUUCCAGAGUUAACUGCAGAGAGUCUGGAAGCUGGUGACAACAACCAGUUUUGCUGGAGGAACCUCUUUUCUUGCAUUAAUCUUCUUCGGAUCUUGAACAAACUAACAAAAUGGAAACACUCAAGGACCAUGAUGCUGGUGGUGUUCAAGUCGGCACCCAUCCUGAAGCGGGCCCUGAAGGUGAAGCAAGCCAUGAUGCAGCUCUAUGUGCUAAAGCUGCUCAAAGUGCAGACCAAAUACUUGGGGCGACAGUGGCGCAAGAGCAACAUGAAGACAAUGUCUGCCAUCUACCAGAAGGUGCGACAUCGGCUGAACGACGACUGGGCAUACGGCAAUGAUCUGGAUGCCCGGCCUUGGGACUUCCAGGCAGAGGAAUGCGCCCUCCGUGCCAACAUCGAACGCUUCAAUGCCCGGCGCUAUGACAGGACCCACAGCAACCCUGACUUCUUGCCAGUGGACAAUUGCCUGCAGAGUGUCCUAGGCCAGCGUGUAGAUCUACCUGAGGACUUCCAGAUGAACUAUGACCUGUGGCUAGAAAGGGAAGUCUUCUCUAAACCCAUUUCCUGGGAAGAGUUGCUGCAGUGAGGAGCACUGAAACAGACUGUUAUCUCAUCAUACCGAGGGACUGUCCUCAUCAUUGCUGCAGUGCUCUUGUUGCCCUCCAGGUGGCAGCACAGCUCCAUUGAGUCCUCCACAGCCAGCCCUGGGCCUGUGAGUAAAUCUAGGUUGGCCUCUGGUUGAUUCCUAGCAUCCUACUCAGGAGCAGUCAUCUCCAAGCUGGGAUCUACUCUUCCUCCGCUCCCCCAGUUUCUGCCCUCCCCUCUUGGAUAGGAUUGACUGCAACUCAUUUCACAGUUAGCCCCAGGCUGGGAAAAGCCGAGAUGGGCCUUGCAUCCCUUCUCAUCAACAGCUGCAUCUCAAGGUCCCAUUGACUCCUGAGCACCUUUGGCAUUGCAGUUGGUCAAGGAGGAGGGGUUAGUGUGAGGGCCAAGAAUAGAGAGUUGGCACCUUGGUUGUGUUCUGGGGGUAUCGAUGCCAUUCCAGCAUCCUGCUGUGUUUUGUCCAGAAGUGUUAGAUACCACAGAUUCUGUACCCUGGUUUUGGAUGUGAUAAAAGAGCAAGGCUUCCCAAAGCCAGAGGUGCCAGUUUCCUCUUGAUUGCCAUGACCUGUAAAUAUAUAAAACUCUAUGUGUUCUCUUGUGUCAUGGUGGGGUUUUUAAUGUGUUUGUGUAUUCUGUUUACAUUAAAAGAAAGCAAAAACUA